CCCUCAUUCAAGCACAUCAUCCAAGGUCAACAUGACUAUCACUCAAUUGAUAACCCAAGACUGGCGUGCUAUCGUCGCCCAAAGACGCAAGGAUCUCGACUCCAAAAUCCCCCAAGAAUGGCGACUAAAGGAGAACUUCGUCGCCUCCCUUCCCCGCCCCAACCAUCUACUGGCCUCUAAUGCAGUAGAAAAGAGCGGCAUCCUCACGGAGACAGAGUUAGAUCUUACAGAGAACUACGACGCUACUCAAUUGCUCCAGAAACUUGCCACUGGCAAGCUGAGUUCUGUGGCCGUGACAACCGCGUUUUGUAAGCGGGCUGCUAUCGCACAGCAAUUGACAUUUUGUUUGACCGAGCAUUUCUUUGACUUUGCUCUAGAACGUGCCAAGUAUCUUGAUGACUAUCUCAAGCGAGAGAAGAAGGUUGUAGGACCGUUGCAUGGCCUCCCGAUUAGUCUCAAAGAUAGCUACCAUGUGAAAGGAUACCACACUACUAUUGGGUAUGUGUCUUUCCUCGAUCACGGCCUUGCGACAUCAAACUCGGCCGUUGUUGAUAUGCUACUGGACCUGGGUGCGGUGCUGUAUGUCAAGACAAACAUCCCCCAGACGAUGCUGACCGCCGACUCCGAUAACAACAUCUACGGACGCACCCUCAACCCACACAACACGACCCUCACAGCUGGGGGCUCUACUGGCGGCGAAGGCGCUCUUCUUGCCCUCCGAGGGUCUCUCAUCGGCGUUGGAACCGACGUCGCAGGUUCAAUCCGCAUCCCCGCGCUUUGCUGCGGUAUCUACGGCUUCAAGCCAACGACAGCCCGCAUUCCGUAUGGCGGCCAAGUCCGCUUCCUUUACGAAGGGCCCCCGUCAGUGGAGCCCUGUGCAGGACCUAUGACCGCAACCUUUGAGGACCUCGAGCUCUUCAUGUCCACCAUUCUCAACGCGGAACCCUGGCGCUACGACGUGACGACCCUCGGCGCUCCCUGGACCCGCCCUCCAACCCAGUCCCUCCUCACUAUCGGCGUCCUUGCUGCAGACGAGAAGUACCCCCUUCAUCCUCCUGUCAAACGGGCCCUGCAAUUGGCUAUCGAGGCCUUAACCCGCAAGGGCCACCGUAUCAUCUACCUUGACAACGACACCAACAAAGACCUCGACAUUGCAUACGCGAACCGUCUAUUCUGGCAAUACGGCACGUAUGCACCCCGUCUCGACCACGUCACACCCAGCGGUGAACCGCUUGUUACCUCGGUCGCGCAAGGCCCCUCCCCUAUGGUGACUGGGUCAUUUCCCGUUUCCAAAGACCUCGGGAUUUUCGAGAAAAUCCACGAAUUGCACCACAAGAGACAGGACUACCGCGAUGCCUGGCGUAAGGUAUGGGUUGACACGGGCAUCGAUGUGAUUCUUGCCCCGGGCGCGCAGAAUACCGCCGUGCCGCAUGAUACCUACGCGUGGCCCCCAUACACGGUGGUGUGGAAUCUCCUCGAUUAUCCAGCCUGUGUGAUUCCGUAUGGACAAGCAUCGAAGGACCUCGAUCCUGAGCCAAUGGCCAUUAAUGACGGCAUGCAGCCUAGUUACAACCCCGAAGCUGUCGAUGGCGCCCCCUGCGCUCUACAAAUCAUUACUUCCCGAUUCCAAGACGAGAAAUGUCUCGCUGCUGCGAGGAUUAUCGAUCGGGAUAUCCGGGAGUAG